CAGAGAUAAAACAAAAUAUUUAUUUCAUGACUGAACGACUGUUUCAUGCAACUAUAAAAUUUUGGUCUUCCUUCUGCAGUUUUUACGUACAAGCUGAUUUCUAAUUUAUUAAAAUAUAAAAGAAGCGUAAAUGGUUCUUUUACGUAUUAAUUUUAAACUGUGCCAUGGCUAGAGAUCGGGAACUUUUUCAUCCAAAAAGCAUACGCCGACAUCGCGCUGCGUUUGAUCGUGCAUACAGGUCACUCGUCUCGGCGCGACAUUAUGACAAGGAAUAUUCCCCCCGACAGGACAUUGAAAAAGCGACAGUAUUUGAUUUGGUGUACAAAUAUCUGGGCAAAUGCGCCAACCAGAACAUAAAGGAGAGACAGCGAAACUGUGCGUGUAACAAAUUCAAUAAGCGACAUGCGAGAAAGAAAGACAUUCAUAGACAAGACUUAGCGACAAUUUAUUCAAAUUUCGACGAAGAAAUUGCCGGUGUCGAUGGCGAGCGAUCUCGAUCACACACAAAUAAAAAUAUCCUUAAAAGGAGCUCGUCGAAAGAAUGUAUCGCCGAUUAUACAAAAGCUGUCCGUGAUGGACGAAGACGUGCAAAAUUCUACAUACGGGAAGCACUUAUAUACGGUUUGCAAUCCGGAUUGUUAAUCCCAACCGAUUUACAGAAGAACAUGCUGCGCGUUUCACGAAAGAUAGGAGUUCUAAGAAACGCGAAAAAAGACAAUGAAGAUCCAUCGAAUAUUGCGACUAGCGGUACUGAGUAUUCUGUGUAAGAUUGACAGACUUGAUCGUAAUAAAUUCAAUCAUCAAAAG